GCCGUGCAGUGCCUCACCAAGUCACCGUCCUCUCUGGCUGUCGGUCGCCCGGCGAUGCCUGCUCUGCUCUGUUCACUGAUGAGACCAGAGUGCCACACCGCCACCGCUGCGGCUGCCGCCUGCCGCGAACAACACCGCGCGCUCCCACACACGUCGCGCAUGCACGCGUGGCGCCCAGACACGUGCCGGCGCGCGCACGUCCCUCUCCGCGCCUUUAACUCCUCCCCGCCAUUUCCCAACUGCCGCAGUGCCAUCCCGACACCUCCGAGCUGCCCCGGCUCCUCAGAGCCACGCGUCGCGCGACUAGGCCGUGCGUAGGGAGCAUGGCAGGCCGACAGCAGCAUGUCCACGGCGAGGGCGUGUCCCCCUCCCCCGCGGACUCUUCGGCGACGCUCCUCCGGCGGGUGCAGACCCACGCCCCCAACUCCACCCAGGUGGUCGGCUUCCUCACGCUGCUCGUCUCCGGCGCCGUGCUCCUCCUCCUGACGGGGCUCACGCUGACCGGCGCCGUCGUCGCGCUCGUCUUCCUGGGCCCGCUCGCUCUGAUCACCAGCCCCAUUUGGGUGCCCGUCGCCAUCGCGCUCUUCCUCCUCGUCGCCGCCGCGCUCUCCACCUGCGGCUUCGUCGUCGCCACGCUCGCGGGCGGAACGUGGAUGUACCGCUACUUCACGGGGCGCCACCCGGCCGGCGCGGACCAGCUGGACUACGCGCGCAGCCGGAUCGCCGACACGGCCAGCCACGUCAAGGACUACGCGCGCGAGUACGGCGGGUACCUGCAUAGCCGCUCCAAGGACGCCGCCCCGGGCGCAUAGGCGCGCCGGCACGGCGCCACCGUGCACGUCGCCGCUAGGUCGCUGUCUCUUUUCCUUCGGUCUUCUGUGUACUCCCUCCUGACUCCUGUUGCCAUUUUCCCUCUUUUUCCCCCCUUCGCUAGGGUGCUUUGAUGCUUCUCGUCUUGUAUUUAGGCACUUGAUUAGUUGGAUCAUAAGAGGUCGCUCCCAGGCUGCUAGUUUGAUCAGUAAUUAACCUCGUCACUUAG